GUGAUCUGACGGUCAUGUGACAGCCAGAGGGUUUCCUCGUGACAAGCGAAAUUCGCUGCCUCCUAAUUUGCUUUUUAAACAAGAAGGCAUUUUGAUCCUUUUCACUUUCACCCAUAUCGGCAGAGGCUGAAGGUAUAAUUAUCAGUGAACAUGAAAUCCCUGAUCCUGAGCUGUCUACUCGUGGCCAUGGCCUCUGCGCACAGUGUCAAGUAUUACCCCUCUUUUGAGCCUCUCUCAGAUGAGCUGAUCCAGUAUAUCAACACAAAACCUAGUGCUACAUGGAAGGCUGGCCGUAGCUUUGAGGGAUGGACUGUCUCAGGGGUUAAGAGGCUGUGUGGUGCCUUGGAGGACCCCUUUUGGCACAAAUUGCCUGUCAAGGUCCACCCCACUUUGAUGGACAUCCCUGACACGUUUGACGCUCGCAAGCAGUGGCCGAACUGCCCAACUAUUAAAGAAGUCAGGGAUCAAGGGUCAUGCGGAUCUUGCUGGGCUUUUGGGGCCGUGGAGUCUAUGAGUGACAGAAUUUGCAUAAAAUCUGGUAAUGCAGAAAACUUUCACAUUUCUGCUGAGGAUCUUCUGUCUUGUUGUCACGCCUGCGGGUUUGGGUGCAAUGGUGGCUUCCUCAGUGCUGCCUGGGAAUACUUCGAGAAGGAUGGUUUGGUGACAGGAGGACAGUAUGACUCACACCAGGGUUGUCGUCCAUACACCAUCAAAGCCUGCGAUCAUCAUGUGAUAGGUCACUUGGCACCUUGCUCCAAGGGAGAGCAACCCACGCCCAGGUGUGAGAAGAAAUGCGAGUCUAGUUAUAACAAUACCUACAACAGCGACAAGCACUAUGGUACAUCUGCAUACUCCAUCAAGAGAGAAGUUACCCAGAUUCAAACAGAGAUUAUGACAAAUGGACCCGUGGAGGCUGCCUUCACCGUCUAUGCCGACUUCCCCAACUACAAGAGUGGUGUCUAUAAACAUGAGUCUGGGGCAGCCCUUGGGGGUCAUGCUAUCAAGAUCCUCGGCUGGGGCACCGAGAAUAACACCCCAUACUGGCUGGUCGCUAACUCCUGGAACUCAGACUGGGGCGAUAACGGUUUCUUCAAAAUCCUUCGCGGACAAGACGAGUGUGGAAUCGAGUCCCAGGUGACUGCUGGAGAGCCUCGCGUUUAAAGAAAAAUACUCUUAACAGAUUAUGUAAAUUAAGCAGUAUGUCGAUUUUUAUGCUCAAAAUCAAUUUUGAUGAAGUGCUUCUUUGUAAACAAAUUUUAUUAUAUUUCCAUGCAUUGGUACCAUCCAAUAUAUGUUUAAAAGUUUCUUUUGUGGGGGCAUCUGGUUUUCUCUUUUUAGCCAGGAUAGAUUGUAAGUUGUACCUGGAAUACUUAUUUUUCUCUUUUCUCACAUGGCCAGUCCAUCUAACAAAUAACAAGUAAAUACCACUACUCUUCAGAAAAAAAAAAAAGAAAAAGAAAGAAAUGUAAUAUUUUUGCUGUUAGCACUCUUACAUCUACCCUAAAAAUUCGAAGAAGUUGGUGCAAACACAUAGAUGUUUAUGUUUACAUGUAGCUUGGUGAAGUGUCCUUAUUUUGUGGUCUUGUUAGUUUUAGUCAAAGGUCAUCAAGAAAAUAUAUUUCAGUGUCAUGUAUACAUGUGUGUACUUAAAUGAUUGUCUCUACUGGUGACAUAUUUACACAUUCCAAAUUCUACAUAUUUACAGUUUAUACAUAGUAUUUAAUAUUACAACCUGCUUACCUUGUACAGUGCAUCUUCUACAGUUCUGAGAGUGAAUACUUUUUCUUGUGCCACACAAUAAAAAAUGACAAAAUUUU